AUGCGCUUCCAAACCACCCUUCUACCCCUAACCGGCCUUCUCACCCUCACAUCCGCCCAUUUCGAUCUCCUGCAACCCCCUUCCCGUGGCAGCAACCAUGAUAAAAGCACCCAAUACCCAUGCUCCGGGCUGCCCCCCUCCAAAAACCGCACCCAAGUCGCCCUCUCAGGCCCAGAGAUCUCCAUCGCCCUGAAGAUGGGCCACGACCGCAGCGCCGUCCAGGUCCUGCUGGCCCUUGGGUCGGAUCCAGGCACGAACUUUAACAUCACAUUGGUUCCGACGUUCGGACAGACAGGCCUGGGUGAUUUCUGUCUCCCCACCGUGAAAAUUAGCGAGAAGACGCUCGGGAGGAAAUUAUCGGAGGGCCUGGAGGCGACGUUGCAGGUUGUGACGAAUGGGGAUCCAUCUGGGGGUUUGUAUAACUGCGCAGACAUUGUAUUCACCUCAAAAGUCACUGCUUCCGCUCCUUCUAAUUCCUGCAAGAACGGAACUGGCGUCAGCGCCACGGACUUCUCUGGCUCCGCUCGCAGCCGCAACGCGAAUGAGUCCACAGCAAAUGGACAGCCGCAAAGGAGCGGAUCCGGAGAUGGCAAUCAGAAGAAGCCCAAGGGUGCUGCUGCAUCUGUGCAAGCUGCUACGUGGGGAGUUUUCGGUGCGGCGAUUUUGGGAGCAGCUGCGCUUCUCUAG